UGUUAUUGUGGAACAGGUACAGGUUCGACAAGUUCCCUUGUACACACCAGAGCCAGGAGCAGAGAGCACGUUCAUUCAGAAUGAGGAUGGAAAUGUCCAGGCCAUCAGUUGGAAAGAAAGGCUGAUCAGACGGAGAUGAGCAGGCUCAGUUUGCCAGGAAACAUGCGUCGAGGGGGUUCGGACACCAACCUGAACCUCAGUGUGACUGAUGGCCUACUGGAUUUCCAACGGGAUCGACUGACGGUGGACCAGCUGAAACAGAAGAUUCUGAAGAUCACUGAGCAGCUGCGGAUUGAGCAAGAGCAACGGGAUGAGAACGUGGCCGAGUACCUCAAACUGGUAAACAACGCUGACAAGCAGCAGUCACGCCGCAUCAAGCAGGUCUUUGAGAAGAAGAACCAGAAAUCCGCCCAGAACAUUGCAGUGCUGCAGAAGAAAUUUGACCAUUACCACCGGAAGCUGAAGGAUGUGGAGCAAAACGGGUCACGGAAUUCCAAGGAGAGGCUGCGUGAGGCGAGCAGCGGCAGCGCCAGGCCUGGGAAUGGGACUGUGGGAGGCCCAAGCACGGAAGGUGGCAAGGGCCUCCCGGGGGUGACCCUGACGCCCCCAUCGUUCGUCUUCAAUAAAUCACGGGAAAUCGCCAACCUGAUCCGCAACAAGUUCGGCAGCGCCGACAAUAUUGCACACCUGAAGAGCUCAAUGGAGGACUUUCAGCAGGAGGGCGGGUCCAGGGCCUUCAGUGGGAGCGCCAUGCUGGUGUCUAAAACAAAGUACAUGAGCGAUGAUGAGUGCUCCAGUGCAAGCGUUUCUGGAGAUAGCAAUGGCAACUCCGAUUUUGGACCAAGUUCAAAGUCCAACUCGCUGGAAAGAGAGCAGGACAAGCUGACUGCAAUCUUGGAUGAGCUCCGAGAAAUGAAGGAAACGCAAUCACAGCUGUCAGAGGACAUCGAGAAUUUAAAAGUUCAAUUUAACAGCGACUUUAGCAUCAUCACUCAAACAUUACAAGAGGAGCAUUACAGGUCAGCACGUUUGGAAGAUCAGCUGAAUGAUCUCACUGAACUCCAUCAGCAUGAGACGAUUGAUCUAAAACAAGAGCUGGUGAGCAUUGAGGAAAAGGUUGCCUAUCAAUCCUAUGAGCGAGCUCGUGACAUGCAGGAAACCUUGGAAUCAUGCCAGACGCGACUUGCCACCUUGGAGUUACAUCAUCAGCAGCAGCAAGUGGUACAGGUCGAAAAUGCCAAUGCCAAGGUGCUGCUAGGAAAAUGUAUCAACAUCUUUCUGGCCAUUAUGACUGUCAUCCUCGUUUGUGUCUCUACCAUUGCCAAAUUCAGUAUCCCUCUUAUGAAGAGCCGUUUACACAUCAUAUGUACAAUCUCCGCAAUCUUCCUUGGUUUCAUCUUUUGGAAAAAAUGGGAUCAGAUUCAGUGUCUCACUGACCAUAUUUUAUGAUUCAUUGUGAUUUGGAAUGCUUUUGGGCUUGUGACGAAUUAUAUUAUACCAAAAUAAAAAUUUUAAACAAAGGAAUAUAUUAUAUAUAUAUAUAUAUAUAUAUAAAAUAGGGACAGAAAAUAUCUGUACAAUUACCUGGAUAUUAGAGCUCCAACACUGAAAGGCUUUUGCAAAGCACUUUAUUUGAUGUGCCCAAUAGUUAUUUUGUGGCAAGAUCAGCUCCAACAUCUGUUGUUAUUACAGUUCCUGAUCAUGGUCUCUUGUGCUACCUUUUGACCCUCUGCUGUGUGCAACGUCUUACAUCUGAACUGAUCCUUUAGUCAAAAGAGUGAUCAGCCUAAAUCCGGAAGGGUCAGUGGUUUCUGACCACUUGCUACUUUAUGGAUCAACUGGUGAAAGGAGAGUAGAAUGGAAAUAUUGUAGUUUGCAACACUGGGAUUAUGUUUUCCUGAGCUCCAUUUCUGAAAGGAUGGGUGAAGCUGAAUUUGUGGACUGCAGGAAGACGAGGCAAACCUAUUAGGUCUCACAGGUUUCUAUUAAUCAGGACAUCAUGAACUAUUUGUCAAACCUAUCCUGAAAAAUGGACAUUUGUGUACCAGAAUGUGUCUAAUCAGUGUUUAUACUCUAACUUUUAACUGCACACCUGCCUCACCAGGAGAAAGUAAAUGAAAAUACUUCUGGGUGGAGUCAAUUUCGAUGGUGGAGGUGGAGGGUUGUCAGGUCUAAAUACACUUGUUUUCAAGAAAUCAAUUCUAAAUAUGCUGUAGUAUAGUAAUUUUAUAUACCUCACAAUAAGGCACAUUUAUGAUAUUGUUUUUCACAGAUGUCUAAUAGACAAGUUGUCUAACUUUUCCUGUAUGUAGUCACCAACAAAAUGCACUCCAUCUGUAACCAGAGCUCCAUAGGACCAGAGUUGGUUACUUGUUCAAAUGUAAGCAUCUCCAACAGAAGUAAACUUAGAUUACAUUGAAACACAGAAAGCUUUGAUUUUGCCCAGGUAGUACUGUUAAUGAAGAGCCCUUCUUUGUACUUUUAAGGGGCUACUUUGCAAGGCUUUGAUCCUAAUGCAGGGCCUGGCUAAAUAGAAGUGUCACAUUCUUCUGUUUAUCAUAAACAUACCAAUAUUAUAACAAGGAUUGGUAAAACAAUAAUUUGCGUUCUUUAUUUGAAGACAAGACUGUACAUACAUAUAUAUAUAGAAAAUAUAUAUAUCAUGGUAACUGUGAGGCUAUGUAGACAUGCCUGAACCUGCAUGACUGCUGCUACGUUCUGUCUGCAGUCAUGGAAUUAUACAUCAUAUCCCGUCUCAUGGUGGGUAGUGAUGGACAGCAGUUUAAGAUAUGCCUCCAAUAAGAUACAAGUACAUCACAUCACAAUAAGAAGCAGGGCUGAACAAAGCACUGUAAGGAUGAUGUUGCAGCUCAUCUCGUGAGGUUCAUAUUAGGAGCUUGACCGCACAAAAUGAUCCUGUUAAUCUUAGCUCAUGAUUGUAAUGUGAUCUGGAUUACAUUCAUAAAGCAUUGUGUGCUGUAUAAGUAAAAUCUGACAGACUAAACUCAAAAUUAAAAGAUAAUUUUAUGGAAAUUGCA